AAUAGCUGCGUUGCACAUUGCACAAUAGUCCAGGAUUUAUUAUCACCAUUCGUUUUAUUUCGAGUCGUAAACACGAGCGAAAGUACUUCCACAGUACGAAACACGUCUCUGAUAUGCAUCUCCUUUUUUAUUAUACAAUUGUACUGGGUUCCUUGUUGCCAUCAAAAUCAGCGCGUAUCAACGUAACCAACUUAAAUGUCACAAAUGUAAACGAAACGCAUACAAUGGAAACAGUAGAAGAAAUCGAUCAUAAAAACGAGACAGCAAUACAAAUCGAAAUACUGCAGAAGGAAAAAGACGAUCUAUACAUCAAAAUUAAUAAAGCUAUCGACGAAGCUAUACCAGAACUCGAAAAAAGUAAUGACACUGACGCAAUUACCGGUCUAGCAGAUUUGAAAACUUUGAAAAAUCAGAUAAAAGAAAUACACGAAGCUAGUGAUAGUGAUGAUGAUAUAAAGUCCAGUGAUGGUAAUGCUGAUUUUAGGCGAAAGAUAUCAUUUAGAUUUGGUAAUAAUAUAGAGAAAGAUGAUUGGUUAAGAAAUCAGAAGAAAAACGAGUUUUACGAAAAAUUGGUAAAGAGUAAAGAUACGAAGUAUACUAGUGUGCCAAGGGUAAUGACCCGGCAGAAGAUAGCGGAGCAGAUACAGUUGUGGCUGCUCAAACAACAGGAGGAAAAGAAGAAGAAAAGGGAAAUGCAUGCAAAGUUCAAAAUCGCCUACGAGCGCUGCCCCGACUUCGGACGCGGCAAAGAGAAGAAGAAGAUAGGCUCGAGCGGCAAGGCCCGUAAGGCCAACUACUUCCCUUGCUGCAGGAAGUGUUGCAAGAAGUCGUACCUCGGCUGCUUAUAAACCAACUAUACUUGUAGGAGUUAUCCUAAAGGUGACGUUCGUAUGUCAACUGCAGCAUAAAGGGGACAACAACGGACAGGCCGAUACCGUCCGGCGGACUGUUAAUCAGUGGGCCCCUGCGUCGUUGUUGCCGCCGCUGUAGGUGUCACGUGUGACGUUACUGACCCGAUUAUGACACUCAUUUUAUCAAGAAAACUGACAGAUACAGUAGACGAGGAGCCACAUCUAAUAUUUUAUAAUUUUUGGUUAAACAACUUGACAUCUAAAAGUGCCUAUUUGCUGAAUAAUGGUAACAUUCCAUUUCUGAUUGCAGCUGCACUACUGGUACUGAACGCGUCGGUGUUAUUGUCAAUUUCCAUAGUAAAAUGGACGGUAGUGCAGCUGUCGUUGGAAAUGGACUGUCACCUUAAAUGUUUGAAAGAGUAAUGCAGCUGCAGUUGACAUCCGAACGUCACCUUUAGCCGAGCAACCUGUUUCAACAUUGAAUACACCAAACAUUCGUUGUUUUUUGUUAAUA